GCUUUGCACUACUCUGUGUUUCGCUCUCCUUCUCCCUCUGCCUCCCUCUGCUCCUCAUGCCUCUCCAAGACAUUCCAGAUGUGGGCUCGUCUGUCUCUGCUUCACUUCUGCUCUACCUCUGGCUCCUUCCACAUGUGACAGACUGUAUGACAGCCGCUGCUGCUCUGGGAUCUCUACCCUCCAGGAUGUUGAGAUUACACUGACACUGUGGCUUUAAAAUGGGCUCGAUUUGUGUUUUGGAGUGAGGAUAAGACAGACAGGGCUGGAUGGGUUCGAGUUCCACAGACGGAAAGAUUUCAAGUAGCUGCUGGAGAUUUUUUUUUUUUUUGUCUGAAUACAAGGUGUCAAAAACAUCUCUGCUUCAACCAGCGUGAGGAAAAUGUCUCUGGUGUUUCUUCUGCCCGUGUGUUAAACUGCUGCAUGGAUUUGUUAGACACUUGCAUUUCCAGCAGGGAGUCAACAAACAUCAGGGCAGAUUUUAUGUGCUUAUUGUGUUUCAUGAUUUCAGGUGAAAGUUACAUCACCGCCACAUCUGGAAAUUAUUUCCACAAAGAAAGAAUCUAAGUGAUGUUCAGUCGGAAAACAAGUUUAGUCACGUUCCUCUGCUUGGCCUCCGUCCAGGUCUGGUUCCCUGCCGGGUUUCAUCACUUCAUGAGAACCUUAAAAGGUUGACAGAGAGAAAGAGAGAAGCAGAGAGAGGGUGAAAGUGAUAGAGGAGGGCUCGGGAGGAGGAUAUUUCCCGUAAUCACCAUGAAGGCGGCGUUGUCCUCCACUUCCUGUUUUCUCUCGUGUCUCAGACACAGUCCAGGUGACACCGACGGUGAUCGAGGUGGAUCUGCUCUGUCGUUGCAGACACCAGGACUCCACUCUGAUUCGUCCAAGCCUCAAAGUGUGUGCAGGAUGUCUGAGGGAGACGUGACAGUGCUGCCGUUUGGACCUGCGUCUCUGGACCUGAGCAGGCAGGAGCCGCGGACGCUGACCCGGCUGUACAGCCGGAACGGAGGAUAUCACCUCAGGAUACUAGCAGAUGGGACUGUGAACGGUGGCAGGCAGGAAAAUGACCCAUAUGACGUCCUGAGGCUGAAGGCCGUGAGUGUCGGUGUGGUGGUCAUCAGGGGCGAGAGGUCGGGUCGGUACCUGGCCAUGAACAGCAGCGGACGCCUCUACGGAUCGCAAGCACUGAACGAUGAGUGUUACUUCCUGGAGAAGUACGAAGAGAACGACUAUAACACAUAUCGCUCUCAGAAGUACAGCUGGUAUGUUGGGCUGAAGAGGAACGGCCAACCCAAAGCAGGACCAGACACCCACCAGGGUCAGAAGGCCGUCCUGUUCCUGCCGAGGCCCGCGGGCAGCAUGUGAAGCCGGGCGGCACCAGGACCGUGGACACGCUCACCUGAAGUCUUUAAAUGCACAUUAAAGGUGCAGUGAUACGCCGGGAGAAGUUUCCCAUCUGAAGGUCACUCAAAAUCACAAAGAAAGCCUGAAGCGAGCACAUAAUGCUGUUAGUUCAAGCUGUUAAUAACCUCAAAGACAUCAUGAAGGCUCACACUGCUUCAUCUGUGUAUGGUCCUCACAGGUCCACGAGCUGAUGUCCAGACUUUCUUCUCACCGCUCACAGAAAUGUGUUUGGUAUCAGGACGCAUCAGUGCUGAUAAACGAGCGUUCACUUUGAACCCUUGUAUGAAAUACCACUGCUGGAAGACAGCAGCGGACCGCUUUUACACACAAAUAGUUUCACAAUUCAUCACGUCUGGUACAAAGGAAACUAACAAGGCAAGAAUAAAAACACAAGCCGAACAUCUGGCAGUAAAUACAAACUCCAGUAAACAGAGUCCACAGCGCAGGGAGCUCUAGUUAAACUGAGCUUUGUAGAAACAGAACGGAGGAUGUUGGCUGACUUGGUAACUUUUAAUCUGCUCGAGCCUGUUUGAUGCACAUUUCUGUAACCGUUCAUGUGCUUUAUGGAGAGUGAGCAACUUUCAAAAGGUCAAAUAAGAACAAAUCUGCAGAAAAGUUGAUACGAGACAAUUUAGUGCUAAAAUGUUGCUCCUGACCACAGAACCCUUGUUUCUGACGUGCAAACCAAGCCAAGAGUGAAACAUUUGUAUGAUGGUGUGACUUUAUAUCACUUUAUUUCUCUGUUAUCAUGUGUCUGAGUCAGCUGAUGUGAAAACUCUGUUGCAUUAUUAAGUUGUUGUUGAAAAGAGUCAAAGGUCUUUUUUGUAAGAAAGUUCAAAUUUGAGUCCGAACUCGUCAAACUAACUGUGGGACUGUGAGUCGGGUCCAGCAGUCCAGAUGAAACGUUCUUACAGACUCGACUCUGAAACAUCUUCACCAGAGCUGAAGUGGAUUCUGUGAUCUUGGCGAUGGUUCUGUUCUGGACCACAGGAGCAGUGAAACGCUUCCUGUCUCUGGGCAGAUGUUUCUUUAUACUGUGCUUUGUUGAAACACAUGUUACUGUAACACUAUCAAAGGUUUGAUUACUGUUGUGAAUAUUUAUUUAGAACGUUUUACUGCUAAUUGAUUUUAAUUGCACUUGACGUUAACAUUACUUACAGACGUAGUGUAGGAGCAGAAAGGUACCGAGACCGCCUUUCACACUGUAAUACAUAUUGUAUAAACUAUAAUUAAAGAUUUAGUAUCCACACAAACAAAUACUACAUGUGAAUGAAGUGAAUACAAGUUUAUAACUGUACAUACAUCAUUAAAGAAACAUGUUACGAUCA